UAGUCUCUCUACCUUUCUUUUUCACAAACUAUGUGAUCAAAUUUUACAAACUCAACAGAAAAAUAAAAUAAAAAGUGUUCCAAAUCUAACCAAAACACCUCAUGAUUGACCCAACGAUUGAAGCUUUGAAGCCACCUCCACCCCCCCUUCUUUCUCCUUACAUGUUAAGCAACUUUUUAUUAUACAAAUUCCUUACUAUAUAUAAUUUUAUGGUAUGUUUUUCACUUACUAUCAUAAUUCAUAAAGUUGUAGUAGUGUAAUAUACUAGUUCAAUUAACUUCAAUAUUAUGGACUACUACAAGAAUGAUGAUGAUCAUGCUAAUAAUCUCAACACUUCCUAUUGUUUGUUUAGUACUACUUCCACCUCUCGUCCCUCCACGCCUUCCGCCACCGCCACCGAUGCUUCGGUGGCAGCCGGUUCUCGCCACUACCGGGCUCGUCUUAUCCUCGAAAACCACCUCUAUGAUGAGCUACUUAGCCGGUACAAGCUAGCUAUCACACGCCUUCGGGAGUUUAGUAGGGAAGCUACUGCCCUCCAAGAGGAGAAUGAGUGGCUUAGAUUGGCCAAUGAAGACCUCACGCGCCGCCUCAAUGAAGUUUUAUCGGUGUCCGAGCAACCGUGUGUUGGUCCUGUGACGGGUGGUUGGAGUACUAGUACUAGUGGUGAUCAACAGAAUAAUGUGUUUGGUAGUAGUAAUAGUUCAACAAGAAGUGUGAUUGAUGAUGAUGAUGAGGAGGUAGAGGAAGAAGAUGAGAGAGUUGUAUUGCCUAAGAGUAUAUCAGUGAGAUCUUCAGGCUUUUUUAAGCUUGUGAAUUUGCCUACUACAGUGAUGAAUCAGUCUCGAAGUCCAUCUCAACAUGGCAAUGGAACUAAAUUGAAGGUGAAAAAAGAAGAGAGCGCAUUAGAAAUGGACGUGUUCAACCAAGGCAUGUACAAAACUGAGUUAUGCAACAAAUGGCAAGAGACUGGUACUUGCCCUUAUGGUCCUCAAUGCCAAUUUGCCCAUGGACUAUCGGAGCUCCGGCCCGUGAUCCGGCACCCGCGAUACAAGACCCAGGUAUGCCGUAUGGUCCUUUCCGGCGCCACCUGCCCCUACGGUCACCGCUGCCACUUCCGCCACUCCCUCUCCUAAACUCAUCAAUUCUUAUAUUUGUCAUUUGUUCAUAAUAAGUUCGGGAACAACCAAAUAAUAUUUGCCUUAUUCUUUUGUGGACGUGAGUUGUUAAAGAAUGUGUAUUAUUGAAAUGUAAUAUAGUUAAUGUUAUAUAUACUUAUACUCAUUGCUUGCAUUGGCAAGGAUGUGGAUUACAUGUAUGUUAAAUAUUGUUAAUAAUUUUAUACAAGGUCAUAAUAUAUACCUAUUAAAGCUUUUAGAUGUAUUUAAUAUCUAAGAAAAACAUUAUCAAGUGAAAUAUGGUUAUAUCUGUUGUGAUGUCACUUUCAAUAACUGGAGCAAUUUUUUACAAUAAAAUAUAUACUUGUAUUAAUAUCUUGAAAAUUGUGGGAAAAUAUAAAUGAUAAAAAAUAACCACUUAGAAAACAGAGGGUGUAACAUGCAUUAGUUGAUCAAAUGAUAUGGUUGUUUUACAAUGAAGGGUGAUAAAACUCUAAUAGUUGAUGGGCACCUUUGUCCGCUAACGGGGAUAAUGAUGUAAUUUCAUAAUACUAGUAAGGACAAUGUUGUCAUUUAACAUUUUUACAUAUACAAAUAGAGGGUGAUUUAACAAUACCAUAGGUUUAAAAGUAUACAAACAGGGAUUAUUUUAUCAAUAAUGAGUAUUUUGAAUACACAAAUAGAGUUUCUUAUAAAUAACCAAUUUACUUUUUGAAAAAAAAAAAAAACUAAAA